AAUGAUCAAAUCAGGCCCCCUCCCGCCAGAUCACUUGGACAUCAACAUGAAGCUCGCUCCCCUCUCGCAAGAUCUAGUUCGAGUCACCCCCCCCGAGGCAAAUCAAACCCCCUUCCUCUUACGGUGAAAUCUGGAGCAGUCGUUGUUGCCCAAGGUUCCAGCAGAGCAUCAGCGCCACGGUCCGAGCCGAGCCACUCGACAGCUAUGGGCAAGUUCAUCAAAGCUGGCCGCGUCGUUGUACUCCUGCAGGGCCGCUACACGGGCAAGAAGGCCAUCGUGGUAAAGCCGUUUGAUGACGGGUCCAAAUCGCGCCCGUUUGGGCAUUGCCUCGUCGCUGGCGUGGACAAGGCUCCCCUGAAGGUGACUAAGACAAUGGGGAAGAAGAAGAUCGCUAAGAGGACGCGCGUCAAGCCUUUUGUGAAGUACGUGAACUACAACCACAUGAUGCCCACUCGCUACCAGGUGCCCGCUGAAGUCGGCGUGCAGUCGUGGGUCACGGACCAACAGAUGGACAACAGCGACGGCCGCGUCGAGGCGAAGAAGGCCAUCAAGAGUGCGUUUCAGGAGAAGUUCGCUAACCCUCCAGCAGACAAGGCGGGCAAGCCUUCCAAGGACGUCCUCUAUCUCCGUAAGAAGCUCCGUUUCUGA